AGAGAGGUGGGGGAAGCGGCUGCGUUGCCAAGCGGCCCCAGAGGCUGAGAAGGUUAAAGUGCGCCUUUAUCACAGACCCCCCUUCGCCUUCAGCAGUAGAGGUGGUGAUGAAGUGAUGCAGCUUCGUCCCUGUGUAUCCAAGGAAGUUCUAUUUAUCGUGCUGGCAACCUCUCAUGGUCUAUACUAUUUCACAAGCAUUUAUGUAUACCUUCAUUCCACCAUAUUACCAUCCAAUAGCAUUUAUAGUUCUCAACAAUUCUUUAUAAGCAGUAGUAACCAUGCGCAUGUGUUAUAACAGGUUUCUUCUCGUUGUAGCUAGGUAAUGUAAUGUAAAUCGACUAGUCUAUAUAGUACAAACUUGAAUAUUGGAUUGUUUAAAAUUACAAGUAUAAGGACAGAACACCCAACACUUCCAUAUGUGAUGUUACAAUUUGAUGUUGCCAGAGAGAGAGAGAGAGAGAGAGAGAGAGAGAGAGAGAGAGAUUUAUGUGUCCAAACCAUUGAAAACUGGAGUAUAUACAUAUCAAUCCAAACUUUCCAGUGUGCGUGUGGGUCAUAGAGGAGGAACCAUAAGCGGAGCCUGGCACGACUCUCUCUCUCUCUCUCUCCCCAGCAACCCGACCAGCCCGAGUGUAGCCGACAAAACCCGAUGAUUCACAAAGGUCAUUGAUGCCACCGCGUACAACGCCUGCCUAUCAGCCACAAAUACGCAUAAAUCCUUAUGUUCCACAAACACUGUUAUACUAAUCACUCUGAAAUCACUUGAAUCUACAUAUCUAUUAACUUGAGACAUAUGAAAUCCUAGAAAUACAACAUGAAAAAGCACUACAUUCAAAUCUCUUGCACAAGGUGAAAGUAGACACCAAGAAGAAGUCAACUCGAUCGUUCAUUGGCUCUUGGGUAGAACGUCAGAGGGAGCCUUAUGUGGAUUGGCUGAUGCAUGUGACGUCAGAGGAAAGUCUAAAAGCUCUGGGUGGCUGUGACGUCAGACCAACUCUCUCCCUUUGUUGUGAUUCAAUGGAAGAGUAGAGAGAAGGGACGGAGGAGGUGUAGCUCAGUUGCUCUUGCAUUUUGCGUGCUUGAGGCGUACAGUUCUGCACUGGGGUUCGGCAGGAAAACGCCGUGGAUGUAUCACACAGCGAGCGUCAGGAAGAAGGUAUUUGGAAGUGACUAGUGAAGCUGUGGCGAGCGAGGGACAGGAAGCUCUGCCGAUGGGACUAUUGUCUGCCGCCGCCAUCUUGUGACACAGGCUGAGGCUCCCAAACUGUGAUAUACGAAAGGCGCACUCUGUGGUGUUCCCAGUACUGAAGUGUACAGCACUUUUUUAAUUACACCACGGAUGAAGAAGUGGCAGCAAGCAGAACUCCCCAAGGCAGCGAUUCCUGACGUCGGUGGCCAGUGUUUGGAAGCAGAGAGCAGCGGGACGGAAGGAGCAGAAGACAGCAAGAUUGCAGGAGGCGUCAACCAGCAGGCUACGUCCACCACCACAACCAGCAUCGCCAUGGCAGGAACGAAGGUCACUACAGCCACCACUACCUCGGGCUGUCGAUUGGGCAAGGGGCAGCAGCAGCAGAAGAACCAGCAGGAGGGGGACUUUGGCACCUCUCAGCAUACAACCAUGCGGCCAGGCAAGCGCAGACACCAGGCUUCUGUGUCUCCAGUAACUGCACGCAGUGAGAGCAAAUCCCCGAGAGCUAAACAACGACCAGCUCCAAACCGACAGAGUCCACCAACUGUCACCGCUGCUCCUAUAAGUAUUGCUGCUAGUACCACCAUUACAGCCAGCAGGGCACGGUCUGAUUCCUGUAGUGGCUCUGUUAGUCCAUCCCAGCUUGCAGUGCCUCGUGUGUCAGCAGAACCACCCUGCCCAUCCAAGCUGCCCAUGCCGCCCAUGCACUGGGUGGCUGCAGAGGAGAAGGAUACUGCCCAGAGGCAACAUUGCCGUGCUGUUACAGAGUCCCUGCUAUGUCACCUGACCACCAAGGGCAUAUUGGUAACAGCUUAGUGGUGCUGGGAAGCAGAGCAGUUUGUGGGGCAGGGUGGCGGGGUUACUGAACGGUGGAAGAGUGAGCAGGGCCGCAGUCAUUACUGUUAUCUGCUCUGUCCGCCAGGCUGCACCCUCUGCACCACUGUCUGUGCCAGUUUCCCCGUGAAACUGUCCAAGUACUACAAGGUGAAGUCAAAAAAAGUUGAUCAUAUUAUGAACUGGUAACUACAAUGUUCUUGUUCUGUGAUACUGGUAGUGCUUACUGGCUUUACUGUCCGUGUCACGCAAAGUGAAAUCACUGUUGUUGUUCCCAAUGCGUGAUGAUGUGUCCUAGCCAGCAAUAACUGGGAUCAUCAUGAGCAAGCAACCCAAUGUCCUGUAUAUUAGUAGAAUCACAUGCUGCAUUGUGGACUUGUUUUUUUUUUUUUUUUUUUUUUUUUUUUUUUUUAAGAUUUGGCAUAAAAUUUAACAAAAUCUACUUAUUUUCCUUAAAGUAUUAUUUGGUAUAAUAUUUGAAAUUUUGUUAAUUUGGAAAGUUUUUAAUGGUUAAACAUAAGUUUUACAACUUAUUAACAUUUCCACAAUAUUACAAACAAUCACGCUGUUAAUGUUUUUUCAUAAAAAGUAAUGGUACUUUGUUAAAGGAAAGAUAUUUCUUGAUCGUAUUACAUUAAUAUGCUCUGUCCAGUGGAAUAUUUGUGCAAAUGAAGCUUGGAUUGUUUGUAGUUGGUCAGCAGUGCUCAUUUAGUGUCCUAUUGUCUGAGAUAUCUCAGGCAAAAAUAGUAUUUAGAUGCUAAUAUGUUAUUAUAAUUAUUUUGUGGACGAUUUAUCAUGCCAGUAAAAGUAUUUGCUCUUUCAUUCAUCUUUUUAAAAUGUUCUAGCCAUUAAUGUCAACUUGUUUGGGUAAUUUAGACUCUAAAUAAUCCUUUAAUCAAUGUUUUUAUUUGAUUUUAUAUUUUACUUAUUUAUUUAUAUAUUUCCAUUGUUAUUUUUAUGGCUUUGAGUCAUGUUGACCCCGCCAGUGUCCACAAGAUAAUUAGUUGUUGUGAGAGGCGAGGGUUAGUGUUUCAGCACACUGUGAGGGUCGGCGGUGGGAUUCCUCCGUGAUAUACGGUGUACCACAGUACUCUAGUCUUGAGGCCCAACUUGCCACUCUCCAACCUACAGAAUUUGUAUAGACUAUUUUUAUUAUACCAGUUUUUUAUCAGUAUUCUCCUGUAACCGGUUGCUUGUUUCUUUAUAUAUUAUACAAUUUAAUUGAUCCAAAGGUAUUGGUCUGGACCAGGUUAAUGUGGAUGCCAUGUAUGCUGCAUGGCACUGGGAUUUGUUAUGUGCUGUGGGCCUGUACUGCUUGCCAGUGUACUGAAUUAUUUAUCAUUGAAAGUUCUGUAUUGGAUAUUUGCAUUGUGUUGUACAAGCCCAAGUAAAUUAUGUUAGGAAGUAUGAUCUCAGAUGAGCAACUGUUAAAGUGACAGACCAGCUGGAUCCACAUUCCAGUGUUUAUUAUGGGAUUGACCCCCACAGUACAAAUCCCUUGGGGUUGUAUCCCAGAACUCUUCUGCUUGAAAUGUUAUGAUGGACAACUGCACAAUGCUCAGGAGUUUUGGUCAGAUGUAGGAUUAGCUGUGUGAGUGGCACAACCAAAGCUACAAACAUGAGCUAUUAUUUAGUUUUAAGGAGUACAAAAUAUGAUGCCUGACUGAAGGUUUGGAGACCUGUGGUGGGAAGACAAGAUAUUUCAUGUCCUCUGUCCACAGGCACAAAGACUUCAGUUUAGCCAUAUCUUGUUGAAUCAAGUAUUUUGUAAGGGAGGCUCUUCAUACUGAGAUCUCAACAGACUCACUUCAACAAUAACAGUGAAGUCUUACAAUGUAUGCUAUUAUGAACCAAAGCUAUUAGUCACCAUCUCAUUGUACAAGUGCCCUAGUGGUGUUGGUACCCAUUGAUACUUAGCUCUACCUCAUGUCAAGAUAGAUGGAUUUCUGAAAGCAUAUCACUGUUUGGUUUUUAAUGAGAGCUGUCUUUUUGUAAAACGCUACCCAUAUCACAGGUAUUUCCACAGGUGUGCUUGUGGCUGUGCUGGAAAAUGGGUUGUGUUGAAACAAGAUUGUAUCGUUGCACGUGUUGACCACUAUGGGCAGAGUGCCACAUGUCACAAAGUCUGAGGGCUUCCUACACCUGAGGACGUGACGCCUGUUGCUUAGCAUUAAGUGUCGCUGUUUUGUAGUGUCCCAUGCAUGAGGACAAGCCUGACUGCAACCGGUUACAGGAGGAUGAAAAGAAACACUAACACGCCCCUGGUGCCAGUAUGGCGAUAACGACAGUAUAGAGGAAUUCAAAGAACCUACAGGUGCAAUUACCUUCCUCUCUACUGCCGUCAUCACUACAGACACCUUUCAAGGAGAAUUGAAGCUUACAUGUCUGUGAUACUGCCAUCAACUUCAACUCUCCUCCAGACUUGAAUCAGAUUGUUUGCCAAAUGUGGCAAAAUUCUAUAUCAUCAUUGGUUAUGGUACAAAGAGAUCUAUUUCAAGAAGUUAUUUGACUACAUAAAAAAAACAUUAGCAAAAAAACUUUUUCAUAUGCUAAGUUAAAUGCCGUACCUGAUACAGGUGUGAUUGGAGUUCUCAUUGCCAUGAGACCUCUUUGUAGUUUAUCCCCCAUCCUGCAUCCUACAUUCAUCCACAGGGUUGUCACCCCCUAUUGUUAUCCCAAGCUAUGCAUCCCACCCAUAGUCACUUAAAUUUGGAUUGUACUUUCAUAAAUUACUGACACUCUGUUAUCCCUGUCUGGCUUUGAUGACUUUGGCAUUUAUUAGAUAACCUGUUCCAAUCAGCUGAACCUGUAGUCUCAAACAUAAAUUUGUAUGCAUGUUUGUGAUUGUGGAAGUGUGGAAUGUUUGAUGCUGCUGAGCAACUGUGACAGUAGCUGUGUGAAAGAUUUAUUAUGUAACUUUAUAUAUAUAUAUAAUUAUUUUU